CCGGGUCGGGUUUUUGAAAAUGGGGCUGAAGUUAUUGUUUCGAAAAUAGAGGGCUCUGAGAGUUCUGAUUCGCACUUUCACUUCUCACUUGCAAAACCGAAGGGUUAGAAGAAAUGGCAUGGAGGCAAACGCCAUUGUUGAAUCGAAACAUACUCUCGCUGCUUUCAUCCAAUUCAAAUACUUUUAUUGCUAGGUUUUCUUCCAAAGCAAAUCCCUACCAUGUGAAGGUUGGUAUACCGGAGUUCCUAAAUGGAAUCGGGAAUGGAGUAGAGACUUAUGCAGAAAAGCUCGAAUCUGAAUUCGGAGAUUUACAAAAUCUCCUGGUUGCUCGUUCUUUGAAGCUGAAGAAACUCAAUGUUGGAGGCGAUCCAAAAGUUUGCAAACACAGGAAGCUGAUAUUAAAGUAUGCCCAUAAGUACAGGUUGGGACUUUGGAAGCCUCGAGUUGAACCUCCAAAAUCCAUUAAAUGAGACAUUCUAAAACAUUGUCCUUCUUGAUGAGACUUAGAAAAGCUCCAUUAGAGAUUAAAUGCAGACAUUAAACUUAUCCUGUGUUUGUUUUCUUUGCAUCCUUCAUUCAGAAGGUUUUUGGAAUUUAUAAAGCAGCAGGCUUUGCAAUUAUUACUUGAAUAUUAUGGUGGAAUUAUUCAAAGGCAUAACGUAACUUAAAAAAUCA